AUGGCGGCUGAAAAUAGCAUUUUGAAUGCUAUUGUGGCUCUUCGUCCUUUACGUGAUGAAGUCGAUAAUUUCUUUUUGUUUGAAGAAGAAGUAAAAACAGCUCUCACUUCAAUUUUUGAAAACAACCGUGUGGGCCAAAGCUCUUUGAAACGAGCUAAAAUGUCACAAAUUCCAGCGACAGCACUCCUGGAAGGAGAAGUGAAGAUGUGGCUUAAGAUGCUCCAUAGGCGCCUCAGUCCAAGAAUGAAGGCCCGAAGCGCUUGGACUGUAGAGUUUAAAAGGGCGAUGUCCUCGGAAAUAUUUUCCUUAAUUUUACAGAUGGUUAAAAAGGCCCGUUCCGCUUAUGGUGUUGUGCACAACGAAGAAAAACACACAGAUAUGAUCUACUAUAACAGAGAGAACAGACUGAUUCGAGAUUUUGCCCAGUUAUCUGAGCUAAGCAGAGACUCAGUCCGAGAAUUCCUUAUUAAGCAGAGUAAAAGAACAAGAAAAGGAACUUCAAAAGUUUCCAUAACUUCUGAAACGCCUUUCACUAUCACAUUUAUUAAGAGGACACAGCAAGUGGUGGUGAAAGCCCACUACAAAUUCACUAAUGAAUUUGGCUACACGUUUUCGUAA